AUGUUCGAGGAAAAAAUGACCCCAAAGAGAACAAAUGCUUGAUUUUGCAAUCUUUUUUAUCCUCCAAUAUAAAGGAGGUUUCGUGAAAAUUAGCCUAAGUACUAAAAUAAAUAUUAAGCUUUAUGCGCGUUAUCGUUAAUCCGGGUUUAUUUGGUUGUGAUUUGCCUGCCAAGACGAUCACCAUUGGAUUACAAUCUGUUUCUCUCUAUUAAUUCACAAUGUACAAACGCAGUCAUGAUUAUACACACGAUCUUUGGUCUAGUUAUCUUCAAUCCCUGUUUUCCGCUUCCGCUGUGUGUGACAGAACUGUAUUUGACCUCCAGCCUCACAGCGACAAACGGGCUGUUACACAGUAUCUGAGACGAGCACCGAGCACCUGGUCUGUUUUCUUCUUCUUUUCGGAGUGUGUGGGCGGUGUGUGUCGAGAGAGCCAUCAUGUAUGACCCAGAGACGGCUGACAGCUACUUCAAUGAGGACUCGUUUGGGGAGAAGAACGUGCGGCUAGGGAUGCAAUCAGAGACUACUCCAGCGAUAACCCUUGGAUGUGGAUUCUUUCCUUCGUCCUUACGAUCAUCAUCCUGAUUGUCCUGGCAUGCUGCCCAGACUUUCGACGUCGCUCACCGCUCAACUUUGUGCUCCUCAUUGCUUUUACGGUGUGUGAAGGAUUCCUUCUGGGUACGGUGGCCAGCCAAAACAAGACGGACGAAGUGCUCAUGGCUGUGGGGAUCACUGCGGUGGUGACUCUGGCCCUGACCAUUUUUGCUUUCCAGACAAAGAUCCUGAGUCUGGUCUACGCCUCCAUCGGAGCUCUCAUUUUCAGCGCUUACAUCGUGUUCGACACGCAGCUCAUGCUGGGGGGCAAGCACAAGUACGCCCUCUCCCCCGAGGAGUACAUCUUCGCCGCCCUCAACCUCUACCUGGACAUCAUCAACCUCUUCCUCUUCAUCCUCUCCAUCAUCGGCGCCACGCGGGACUAGCGCACGCCCGAUAGCGGGCCGACGGUGAACGAUGGCGGGCCGACCGUGAACGGCUGGCUGGCGGGAUGUGCAAAUAGGCGAUCAGUGGCCACCGAUGUUUUCGUUUGGUGGGACGUCCCACAGAAUAUUGCGGGCUGCGGUUUUGCUACUUGA